AUGGCUCCGGUAAUGCUGAAUACGGUCGAUGAUGACCUCAAAGACGUCAUCCAGCACCUGUUCGAGAUCCAGUCCGCCGUGCACGGCUACCUUGGUCCUGAGACACAGCAAGAGCUCGUCCGGAAAAUUAAAAACCUCACUCUUGCCCUCUCCACCCUCUCCAACGACACCGACGUCCCGCCGGGCCAACAAGCAGACACCACCACCGACCCAUCCAAUCCACCACUCUCAAGCAUCCAACUCCCGCCCGAAAUCAUCGACUACGUUGACUCGGCACGUAACCCGGACAUCUACACGCGUGAGUUCGUGGAACUUGUCCAGCGCGGAAACCAGGACUUAAAGGGGAAGCGCGAGGCUUUCGCCGGGUUCCGGGACGUGCUGGCGCGCGAGAUGCGCAGUGCCAUGCCCGAGUGUCGGGCGGAGGUGGACCGUGUCGUUGCGGCGUCUGCGUGUGCGUCUGCUUCUGCUGAUGAUCAGCGUGAUGGGGCUGGGCCGAGUCAGUGA